UGUUAAAAUCAUUCCCAAUUUCAGACAAAUUUCUCAAUCUUCUGCAAAACCCUAUCUCGCUUUUUACUCGAUCAAAUUCCACGGUACGAGUAGCUCGCGUGGACCGCGGACAUGGGGAAGAAGCAGCACAGCAAGGACCGGAUGUUCAUCACGAAAACGGAGUGGGCUACUGAAUGGGGCGGCGCCAAAUCGAAAGAAUCCGGCACUCCGUUCAAACGCCUCCCUUUCUAUUGCUGCGCUUUGACGUUUACGCCGUUUGAAGUCCCCGUUGCCACUUCUGAUGGUAGCGUAUUUGAUCUCAUGCACAUCACGCCAUACAUAAGGAAGUAUGGGAGACAUCCAGUAACGGGGGCUUCACUCAAGCAGGCGGAUUUGAUUCCACUCAAUUUUCACAAGAAUGCAGAAGGAGAAUAUCAUUGCCCGGUUCUAAAUAAGGUUUUUACUGAGUUCACGCACAUAGUCGCUGUAAAAACUACUGGAAAUGUGUUCUGUUAUGAGGCAAUUAAGGAAUUAAAUAUUAAAACAAAGAACUGGAAGGAGCUUCUCACUGAUGAGCCAUUCACCAGAGUAGAUAUUGUUACCAUUCAGAAUCCUAAUGCACUUGAUAGCAGAGUUCUUGUGGAUUUUGACCAUGUGAAGAAAAACUUAAAAGUCGAUGACGAAGAACUAAAGAAAAUGGAAUCUGAUCCAUCAUAUAACAUAAACAUUAAUGGGGAUAUAAAGCAAAUGCUUAAGGAGCUUGGGACUGAAAAAGCAAAGGAGAUUGCAUUACAUGGUGGUGGUGGAAGCAAGGCUAAAAAUGAAAGAGCUGCCGCUCUUGCUGCAAUUUUAGAGGCAAGGUCACGUAUUAAGGACAAUGAGUCAAAGAAUGGAGAGGAGCCAAAGCAAACGUACAGUAUAGUGGAUGCUGCAUCUGCGUCUGUUCAUGGAAGAAGUGCUGCUGCUGCAAAGGCCGAUGCUAGUGAUAAAACUGCUGCUCGCAUAGCCGCGCACAUGGCUGGUGAUAGGACAGCAGUAAAUGCAAAGCUGGUCAAAAGUCGUUACACAAGUGGCGCUGCUUCACGAUCUUUCACUUCUACCUCUUAUGACCCUGUCACGAAAAAUGAAUAUGAAUAUUUGAAGGUUGAGAAAAAUCCCAAGAAGAAAGGUUAUGUUAGAGUACAAACUACGCAUGGUGAUUUGAAUAUUGAGCUGCAUUGUGACAUCACUCCAAGAACAUGUGAAAACUUUCUAACUCUUUGUGAACGUGGUUAUUACAAUGGAGUAGCCUUUCACAGAAGCAUAAGAAACUUCAUGAUUCAAGGUGGUGAUCCCACUGGGACAGGGAGAGGAGGUGAGUCAAUUUGGGGAAAGCCUUUUAAAGAUGAACUCAACUCAAAGCUACUUCAUUCUGGUCGAGGUGUUGUUAGUAUGGCGAACUCUGGUCCUCAUACAAACGGUUCACAAUUUUUCAUCCUAUACAAAUCAGCAAAUCAUUUGAACUUCAAACACACGGUUUUUGGAAUGGUGGUUGGAGGAUUGCCAACCCUUUCAACGAUGGAGAAAGUAGAAGUUGACGGUGAUGACCGGCCUAAGGAAGAGAUCAAAAUUAUCAGUGUAGAAGUAUAUGUUAAUCCAUAUACUGAGCCUGAUGAAGAGGAGGAAGGGAAGAACGAUGCGGAAGAGAAAGCCAACGAUGAAGAAAAUGAUAAGAUCGGUUCUUGGUACAGUAAUCCUGUGACAGGAACAGAAACUCCUGCUAAUGGUGGUGGAGUGGGAAAAUACUUGAAAGCAAAGAUUGCUCAUACAGCAUCUGCCCCCAGUCUAGAUAGUAAUGCACAACCAUCUGGGGCCGUAGCGAAGAAAAGAAAAUUGGGAGUAUCAAGUGAACUCAAAGAUUUUUCUUCCUGGUAAGGCUUUUAAUCUUUUUGUAUAACUUGAUUAGAUUUUAUAUCAUUGAGCUAGUUGAACUUGUAAGAAAAUGCACUUACUGAUUCGGAUUCAAGAUGUGGUCCAACAGUAUGUAUAUCUAUACAUAUAUAUGUUAAUCAUGGUCUUCUGUAUUUGUGUUUUACAGUUUAUUGGCCGAAAUGAAUUCAUGAUUGUUGUAUUCUUAUGAAAUUUUAAAUAAGUCGAAGUGUGUCACUCUGCAUGAGAUGAGGUGGCAUCUGUCAGUGGUUACUUUUCCA